ACUUAGUCUGCAUAUGCUCGAGGCUCAGCAGUGCCUCACACCCAUCCACACACACAACUCACACAUCCACGCCAUCUCCUUCAAUCCCUCACAAUCAUGGGAGCAAAUGCUGGCCAUGGCGCGUCAAUCAUGUGACGGCGCGUCUGACCAAUGACUGCUUUCCCCAGGGAGCACUUCCGGUGGCGUUUCCUGUCAGUGUUUGUAAACUGAGAAAAAAUUGGAAGUGCGACAAGAAAUAAUAAUCUACAAAACUCUAAGAACCGGAAGGCUUUGGCCCCUGAUGAUUUGGGUGGGUGUGGUCUCUUCUGUUACCCUUCAUUCUGAGUGAAGCUCCCUCUCUUCCCUCAAACACACACGCAUUCAAACCACGGCGAUGACACACCAUUCCAACAACUCUGUUCGAGACCAUAUGAAAUGGGCUGGGUUGCUGGGCUGUGAGGCAGUGCUGUCCAGUAUGGCACUGAUGCAAGCCAACAGUAUCCCAGGCCAAAAGAAGAUGAUGUCAUCCUUGGGUCAGGGGCACAGGACCAGCCCCGAGAGCCACCAAAGCCACUCGCAGCACAGCCACAACCAUCAUGGACACCAGGUUCACCAUGGACAACCCCACCACAGCCACAUGGGCCAUCCUUCAGCUGGGAGCUGCCAAUCCCUGCUGAUCCGAAAAGACGGUGACUAUCACUCAACAAGAAUGAUGGAUGGAAAGGACAUGCAGACAAACCAGAAUAUGCAACCCAAGAAGAAACACAAAAAAUCGGUGUCAUCCAACAAAGUUAAAGUGGAGCCUUUAAUUCCACAAAUUGAUAUGGAUGAUGACAGUUCCUUGAAAGUCCAGAAGAACUUCAUCUGUGAUCACUGCUAUGGAGCUUUCCGUAGUAGCUACCACCUCAAACGGCAUAUACUUACACAUACAGGUGAAAAGCCAUUUCAGCGCGUUUGUUUUCCACAGCUGAGAAAUGUGUUGUUUUCUGAGGAGCUUGAUGUUCACCAAUAG